AUGAAGGGGCCUCGCCUCAUGACCUUUAGAGGCAGAAUUAUAUGGAGUUUGAUGGUCUGUGGAUAUUUGGCGUUGGCUUUCGUGAUUGGCGCUGCCAUCCCAUUACUGGCCUCAUUGCCGCUAUCGCCAUUAUGGAAUAUUGCAUACCUUUCUCUUCAAUAUUUUGGCAAUUCACCUACACCUUCCCACUUCUGCUCCGACUUGACUACGACGUCAUCACUGAUGCAGUGGGUUCCGAUGAACUUUAUUCUGCUGGGAAAGGAACGUCUUGUCGCAUUGAUACGGAGAGAUUGGUUUAGGUGGAAAAGGGGUUUAUUCGGCGGGCGAUGGUAUUUUAAGUUAUUAAAUUUAGGGAUGGGACUGGGAGGGCUCGUGAUGGCUUGUCUUGGUAUGUUGACGAAUUUCCAUCGACAGGAAAUAGACAAGUAA